GCGAAGGUUCUUCUACACGAGACGGACGACGCCUUCUCAAUCAUCACUAUUUUCGAAAAGCAACCCAGCCUUGGGGGCGUAUGGUCUCGAGAACGAAUCUACCCAGGACUCGCUAGCAAUUCACCAGCGCUGACAUACGAGAUCCCAGGGUUUCAGUACCCAGAUGACGUCAGAAAAGUCGGAGCACAUGUUGAAGCGGAAGACAUCAACGCCUACCUUUGCGCUUUUGCUGAGACGCAUGGUUUGAAGAGUCAUGUGAAGUUCAACAGCGAAGUGCAAGACGUUAGUUGGCAUGCGGAAACACGACGAUGGCUGAUUCGAGGAAGAGAUAAUUCUGGUGAUUUCCAAAGUUACUUCAAGUUUCUGGUUGUUUGUAAUGGAUUAUACCACGAAAAGAACAUACCUGGAUUACCGCGACAAGGACCACCUAAAACCUGGCCGCGCAUAUUCCACUCUGCCGAUGUCGGGGAUCCUGAUGUACGACAUGCUCUAUCAAACUCAGUGCAUACACUGAUUGUAGGAGCUGGAAAAUCAGCGAUCGAUUUGGCGACUUUGAUUGCGACAGGGGCAUGGUCUGAUGAUCGAAGAUCACCAAAAGUCAGUCUGCUUUACAAGCGGCCGCACUGGCUGUCGCCACGUUCCAUACUUGGCGGAAUGAUAUACUUCGAGCGACUCCUCUUCUCGCGCUUCCUUAACGCGUGGCUUCCUUUCGCUGUCCACCCGGAUUCUUUCCACCGGUGGAUAGCCGAGACGGCGAUUGGAAAGUGGCUGACAAACACGAUCUUCCGAUGUGUAGAGGCGGACUUCAAGGUAUCUCUUGGGCAGCUGGACCUUCACGAGACCGUCCCAAGUCAUCCCCUAAGAGAAGCGCUUUCCGGAGCUCUUCAUGUCGCUCCGAAAGGCUAUUUGGACCUUGUCCGAGAGAAGAAAAUUGGCAUCAUUGAAGGCUCGAUAGAGUCGAUAUCAGACCGCGGGGUUAACGUCCGAACAAACCAAGGGAGUGCGACGAUGAUAGACGUCGACAACGUCCUUUGGGCCACAGGAUACAAGAUUGCAUUCCCAUUCUUCACCGUCGACACCUUGCAACGGCUUGGAAUCAUGCCUGACAAUCUAGACUCCGAUCCAACUGACCUUCCAUUCUUGAAGCUUCAUCGUCUUCUCGUGCCUCCCGCCACUGUGCAUCCAAAAAUGGGGUCGGCACCGUCCCGCAACAUCGCGUUUAGCGGGUUCGCAUAUUCCCUGCUCAACCCGACUGUCUCCUUCGUAUCCGCGCACUGGAUUGCGGAGUAUUUUCUGGGGAAGCUGGAUCUUCCCAAAGCCCAAAAGAUCAAAGAAGGUAAGAUCGUUGAGCUCCGUGGGUCAUGCCUCCUGCGUUGCGGAUUCUCGUAUUUAAAGUUUUCUCGGACUAUGACGUCGAUCCUUGCUGAUCUUAUGCACAGAUGUCGAGCACUUCUAUCAGUGGCAGUCGCAAACGUUUGCCGCACAUGGCGCGAAGGGGACACAUAUAGGGUCCCAUGCGACGCUUUACAUCGAUCUGCUGUUAAGAGAUAUGAAGCUUACGACUGGGCACCUUGA